AUGCCGCUCCUCGCCUCCCCCGCCUUCCUCGGUGCUCGGCGCACAUCGAUGACGCCACUGUACGGACACGCCUGCCCGUCUAGCGGCGUGCUGGGCGCCGCCAUGUUGGCCACGCUGGGAGGGAAGAACGCGGCCGGCGGUCGCGCGUCGCCUGGUCGUGCGGCGCUGGCUGAGGGGCCGGAGGGCUCGGCUCGGCUCGGCGGCGGCGGGAUGCUGGGCGGGCAGGCGGGCUCGGGCGGCUUGGGGCCCGGGUCGUCCCCGCUGCCGCUGCUGCACCCGCGGACGGGGCGGCUGGUGACGCUGUCGCGGGGCGGGCGGAGCGCGGCGCGGUCGCAGCCGGGCCAGGAGUUCAACCACGGGCUGGUCCUCAGCCGGGAGCCCCUCAGCCCCGGCGCCGUCUUCACCGUCCGGAUCGACAGGAAGGUGAAUUCCUGGAGUGGUUCUAUUGAGAUUGGGGUAACGGCCUUAGAUCCCAACCUCCUUGACUUCCCCAGCAGUGCCACAGGCCUGAAGGGUGGCUCCUGGAUCAUCUCAGGCUGCUCAGUGCUGCGGGAUGGCCGUUCCAUCUUGGAGGAGUAUGGGCAAGACUUGGACCAGCUGGGCGAAGGCGAUCGAGUGGGCAUCCAGCGCACAGCCAAUGGGGAGCUGCGGCUUUGGGUCAACGGACAGGACUGUGGCGUGGCUGCUACCGGCAUCCCCCUCCGUGUCUGGGCUGUGGUCGACCUGUACGGCAAGUGCACCCAGAUCACUGUCGUGGCAGGCAGUGCAGAGGAGACUGAGGAGGGGACUGCUCACGAUGAAGCCUUGGACCUGCCUUGCAAUCAGAACCGGCCCGAUAAAUUUCCCAACAGCCUGGAGUCAGAGAAUGGAUUUUCUAGCAUGGAGCUGUCUGAAGUGGUGAGCAAUGCCAUCUUGUCGGCCUACAAUGGGAAUCUAUUGAAUGUCAGCCUGGGCAGCCCACCCUCGGACCCUGCCACUUGUGGGGCCCCACCCAUGACCUCCAACGAUGCCCUCCUCUUCCAUGAGAAGUGUGGGACCCUCAUCAAGCUCAGCAAUAACAACAAGACGGCAGAACGGCGGCGUCCCUUGGAUGAAUUCAACAAUGGCGUCGUCAUGACCAACCGCCCGCUGCGCGACAACGAAAUGUUUGAGAUCCGAAUCGACAAGUUGGUGGAUAAAUGGUCAGGAUCCAUCGAAAUUGGCGUCACCACACACAAUCCCAACAACCUGGAGUACCCAGCCACCAUGACUAACUUGCGCUCAGGAACCAUAAUGAUGAGUGGUUGUGGCAUUUUGACCAACGGCAAGGGGACGCGAAGGGAGUAUUGUGAGUUCAGCUUGGAUGAGCUGCAGGAAGGAGACCAUAUUGGCUUGACCAGGAAAUCCAACAAUGCCCUUCAUUUUUACAUCAAUGGUAUUGAUCAAGGUGUGGCCACCAAUCUGACCCCUUUGGUGGUCUAUGGUGUGGUGGACCUUUACGGCAUGGCUGUGAAAGUCACUAUUGUGCACAAUCAUAACCACAGUGACCGGUUGCGGCGUAACAAUGCCAUCAUGAGGGCCCUGUCACCAGAUGUGGGGCGCCGUGCCAUCGAUGUAGGGAACGAACCAGAGCCGGAGCGCCUGCUUUUCCACCCAAAUUGUGGGCAGAAGGCUGCCAUCAUCAAUGAGGGACGGACUGCUCUACGGCCCCAUGCCACAGAUGAUUUCAACCACGGAGUGGUCUUAAGCAACCGGCCGCUGCGCAAUGGUGAGGUCUUCCAGGUGCGCAUUGACAAGAUGGUGGACAAGUGGGCAGGUUCCAUCGAGAUUGGGGUCACCACCCACAACCCCACUUACCUGCAGCUGCCUUCCACCAUGACCAACUUGCGGUCAGGCACCUGGAUGAUGACUGGGAAUGGAGUGAUGCACAAUGGAACGACCAUCUUGGAUGAAUACGGCCACAACCUGGAUCGCCUGAAGGCAGGUGACACAGUGGGUGUCGUGCGCAAAGAGGAUGGGACCCUGCACUUCUUUGUCAAUGGGGUGGCCCAGGGCCCUGCGGCAUGGAACGUCCCACCAAACAUCUAUGCUGUUGUGGACCUGUAUGGGCAGGCAGCCCAGGCGACCAUAGCUGAUGAUGCAGACCUUCUUCCUCUUCCUGAUGACCUGUCAGAAGGGAACAACCAGCUGUCUCCCAGCAGUCCGUCCUCCGUAGCUUCGGGCAGCGAUCUGCGCUUCCACCAUCUCCAUGGCAACAAUGCAGUCAUCACUAAUGGGGGGCGCACGGCGCUGCGCCAGAACUGCCGUAGUGAAUUCAAUGAUGCCAUUGUCAUCUCCAACCGGCCGCUCCGAGAUGGGGAAUUGUUUGAAAUAGUCAUUCAGAAAAUGGUAGAUCGCUGGUCGGGCUCCAUUGAAGCCGGCGUCACUGCCAUCCGUCCAGAGGACCUGGAGUUCCCCAACACAAUGACAGACAUCGACUAUGACACGUGGAUGCUGAGUGGUACGGCCAUCAUGCAAGACGGCAACACCAUGCGCAACAAUUACGGCUGCGACUUGGAUUCGCUGACCACGGGAUCACGCAUUGGCAUGAUGCGCACGGCCAAGGGUGACUUGCACUACUUCAUCAAUGGUGUUGACCAGGGAGUGGCUUGCUCGGGACUGCCUCCGGCAAAGGAGGUCUACGCUGUGGUCGAUCUGUACGGCCAGUGUGUCCAGGUGUCCAUCACCAGCUCCACGGGACCAAUGGACAACAGCCUGUCCACCAGCAACAUCACUGAAAAAUCCUUCCCCAUCCAUUCACCAGUGCCCGGAGUGGCCCACCGUUUCCACAGCAGUUGUGGCAAGAACGUGGCCUUCCAGGAUGAUGGGUGUCGGGCCGUGCGUGUGACUGGCUACUGUCAUGGUAUCGUCUUUAGCAUGAAAGAGCUGAAGACGGAUGAGAUCUUUGAGGUGAAAAUUGAUGAACUGGAUGAGAAGUGGUCCGGCUCGGUUCACGUGGGGUUAACCACCUUCCUGCCUUUGGAUGCACCUUACGCUGUCACGGGGCUGCCCUCCUCUGUCCUCGAGCUCCGUUCCAAGGUGACGUGGCUGGUGACGGGUACGGAGGUGCGGCGCAACGGCAUCCUGCAAAAGCAAAACUACGGGUGUUCGCUGGAGCGCCUCGGGGUGGGGAGCCGCGUAGGUGUGAAGCACUGUACCGACGACAGCAUGCACAUCCUGAUCGAUGGGGAGGACAUGGGCCCUGCCGCGACCGGGGUGGCUAAGAAUGUCUAUGUGGUGCUAGAUCUCUAUGGCCGGGUCACGUCCGUCUCCAUUGUCAGCUCCAGCAUGCUGGAAGAGGCAGAUGGUACCAAACCCCCCUCGGUCACUUCGGAGCCCUUUAGCGAGGAGGAGGAGGAGGAGGAAGCCAUGCCUUGCGAGGUUCCUGCAGCAACGUCCUCCAUGCAGUUCCUUGAGAACCACGGCAAGAAUAUCCUCCUCUCCAACGGCAGCCUGACGGCCACCCGUGUCUCCAGCUACAACCAGGGCAUCGUGGUGGUGGCUCAGCCCCUCCCUCCUCAGCAGCUCUUCCAGUUUCAGAUCGAUUCCCUGAAUCCACAGUGGACAUCCUCACUCUCUCUGGGGGUCAUCGGCAGCUCUCCCGAGCGGCUCAAUUUCCCUGCCACCGCCUGCUCCCUAAAACGCUCCACGUGGUUGCUGCAACGUGAUUCCAUCUUCCACAACUCCCUGAAGAUCUCUGAGAACUAUGGUCCCAACUUGGACACUUGCCCCGAAGGGACGGUGCUGGGCCUCCUGGUGGAUUCCAGCGGCUGCCUCCACCUCUAUGUCAACGGGAUAGACCGGGGAGUGGCGGCACAGGACAUCCCCAGCCCCUGCUAUGUCUUCAUUGACCUUUACGGGCAGUGUGAGCAGGUUACCAUUGUCACAAAUGAUACUCCUGUAGUGGGAGCAGAAAGUGCUGACCCCCACGGCCAGGGAGAUAUGGAGAAAGCAGACAUGGUGGACGGUAUCAAGGAAAGCGUAUGUUGGACACCCCCCGUGGACCUGAACACCAUGAAGACUUGUGAAUACCACGCCCUUUGUGCUCGCUUCAAGGAUCUCCUCCUCCUGCCAGAUGAUUAUUUUGUGGAAGACCCCAAGCACAGCCUCUGCUAUUGUGAGUCCUGCCACAAGCUCCGUGGUGAUGAGGCGUACUACAAGCGUGGGGAGCCUCCACGGGAUUAUGCCCUGCCUUUUGGAUGGUGCCGCUUCAGCCUCAGAGUCAAUCCCCGGUUGGAGGUAGCCGGUACCUCUAAGAAGUGGCACAUGGCCUAUCAUGGAACGAGCCUCGGGGCUGUACGCCGCACGUUGGAUCAAGGAGAGUUGGUGCCAGGGAGCACAUCCAUCUUGAGCUGCCGCCCAGUCAAGGCAGACCCACAGGGUGGCAGUGGCGGAGGCAGCGGGGGCGGCGGCGGAGGGUACCGUGAGGCCGAGGAGAACAGCACACAGAGCCGCGAGGAUCUCCUGCGAGUCCUGCUGUCACCCACCCUGCGCUACGCUGGGCUGGAGCCUUUUGCCACCAAAGUGCAAUUUAAAGACCCAAAGUCACAUCGACAGCAUGCUGCUCAGGUGGCCUUCCAGGUCUGCGUGCGCCCCGGUUCCUACAAAGUGUGUCCCCAGUCACUGGCUGCCCCGGAGCCCUUGGACCCGCGCUUCAGCAGUGCUGAAAUUGAGUGGGUCACCAAGGAGAAAGGGGCGACUGUCUUGAAUGGGCUGCUGAUCCGUGUGGAGUGAGACUGGCCCACCACCCUGUCCGCAGGGGUGCUAUGAGAUGCCACGACAUGCCAGGAGGGGUGGUUCUUGCCAAACGACGCCCCCCACCUGCCUUCCCACGCACAGACUGGGUGGAGCCUCCAAGUCCCAAAGGUUUUACUGCUACGACCAACGGACACAAGAGACUUGGUGGCGGACCUCUCCGGGAAGGGGGGCAGCACCUCCCAGGGGCUCCCGAAGCCUUUUCACCCUUUUUUUUCUUUUGCACAGAAGCAAGACAAGCUAAAGGUUGGGGGGGGGGGAGGGGAGGGGUGGUGUUGAGUUGAGCCUCAAGUUUAAGAGCAUGAAGGUGGGGGAUUCUGGGGUGGGCUGAAGGGAGGGAAUGGGGUGUCACAAAAAGACUUGACGGAACUUUGACAGAACUCUUUCUGGAACACUUGGGGGGUUUCUACAAGGAUGAAAUCCCCCCUCCACUCGACUUCCUCUCCCACUUGCCUAGUUGCCUGUAUCCACUGGGAGUGAAUUUGGAUGAAGGUGGGGGAGAGCGGGGAACUGUGGUGCUGCAUCGAGGGAUUAGACAUUUCAAAAUGGUUGAACCCUCAACGGAUGGAAGGAAUUGGGGGGGGGGGCGUUCCAGCCACCCCUCCUAGAAGAGAGCACAAGGGCAGGUUUGGGUGGUUUGGGUGACUUUGCCUUUCUUGUGCGUACGUCCAUUUGUUUUUCAUUAACCCAGGUGUGUGUGGGGUUCUCAGAGAAGCUUAACUUUCUUGCCUCCACUAGCUUUUGGUACUAUUUGUGUAUGCCAUCGAGAAGGUACUGGACAAUCCUGGGCUGUUUGGCGUGUGUGUGAUGCAGCCCAAUCAUGCUGCAGGGGAAACGAAGGGGGUGCAUUCAUAGAAAGUAACUAGAAGUGCAAGGAUUAGACCCCCCCCCCCCAUUUCUUCUCAAGCUGCUCUGAUAAUCAAACGACUUCCUCCACACAGGCCCCAGCCCCGCACGACAUGCGCUCCUUUCUUCCUCCACCCAUUCAGACCCCCCCCCCCCGAUUCCGCAGCUUCUCCUCAUUGGACCCUGGACUUUUCUCCAGUUGUACAGUCGACAUUUUCUUCUUCCCCAAAUGUUUUUUCUCCCUCUCCUCUUUUCCCCCUUAUUUAUUUAUGCCUGUAUCAGUUGUCAAAAAUGUGAACUUUUUUAAGAGGCAAAAGAAGGGUGCAAGGUUUUAAAAUGCCCACCCUUUCCUCCUCUUUGAUUUAUAUAUAUUUCAAAUUGUAUUUAUGCUGCUUUUUUCACUUUUAUUUGUUGAAAAAUGACAUGCGUUAAUCUUUUUUUACGUGUCUGAAGCUUUGUUCCUUUGAAGUUAAAAGGUUGUACAGAGUGUUUGCCCUCGCAAGGGUUUAUAAACCAGAGUCCAACAGA